AUGGCGUUAGUUGCGGCUGAACCGUUACGUUUUAGAGCAUCAAAAAAGCAGUCAAUAUUCUUAGCGCGACAAGAAGAGCCACCGACUACGCAGGAUAGGGCAGCUAUUGCACCUUAUCCCGCAGCUGGUGUCACACCUGAAAUACUAUUCGAAUUGCCCACAGAAACGGAGAAGCCUGAGCAAACUUAUGGUCCUCCCGUCGCAGCACCCGAUCAAACCUACGGACUGCCAGAAUCAACUACAGACACCAUGUUAGAGCCUGACAAUACUUAUGGUCCGCCAACAACCACUGCAAGCAGUAAGCAGGUUACUAAUGAGGAAGCAAGCGUUGAAGAGCUUUCGAAUUUAGUACAAUCCAGAUCAAAUAAACAACGUAACCGUUAUCGCACCGCUCGGCUAAUCCUAUCAAAGGAUAACAUCAUUACAAUAACGCAUUCUAAACCGAUUCUCGUGUACACUUUGCAAUAA